GCACUGAUCGCAAACCCGGGAGGUAACUUCAGAGUUCAGUCGGUCAGUCGGCACUUCGGCAGUCCUGCUUUGCAGUUUGCCUUUUCACUUUUCAUCCAGCAGACUUAACUGAAGUCACUCUAAGUUCGACCCGCUCCCGGUGACUGCCGAGCCUCCAGUUAGCAAUGACAUGGUCUACUUCAGACUAUUCGGCUAUUUUUCACUUCUCGUCAUCCUGACGGCCGCUUCCCUUUUUGUCAUAUCGUUUAUUUUAUUCACAAACGGCGGUGACAUCGUAACAAGCAGAUACGGCCAAGGGCGGAAGACAAUUUUUAUAAAUGGAAGUUUGCUCAAUGAAGUCUACAUCGAAAGAAUCGAACAUUUGACGGAGGCAUGCAAGAAGUACAAGGCGUCAGCGUCUGCGGACAGCAUAUGGGAUAAUAGAGAUUUACUGGACCACAUUCUAGUCGAUAAAAAGCACAAACUUUUAUACUGCUAUGUUCCAAAGGUUGCUUGUACUAACUGGAAACGAAUUUUUAUGGUGCUCAAUGGAAGUACUAAUGAAACGGAUGUACUUUCCAUCCCGGCGAACCUCGCUCACAGUAGGCCUGAGUAUCUAGCGUUGAGCAACUAUUCGAUAGCGGAUGCGAAGAGUUUGUUAAACACUUACACAAAGUUUAUUUUCGUCCGUCACCCAUUUGAACGUCUUUUAUCCGCUUAUCGUAAUAAACUCGAAAAAAAUUACAUAAAUUCGAAGUAUUUUCAAUCUCGCUUAGGUAGGUAUAUAAUUAAACAUUAUAGAGAGAAACCGACGAAUUCAUCACUAGUCAACGGCGAUGAUGUGACGUUUGAAGAGUUCACGGCAUAUUUGACAAAGUCGAUGAGCUCCAUGUACAACGAGCAUUGGAAGCCGGUCGAAAGGCUUUGCGAACCGUGCCAAAUUCAAUACGAUUUUAUAGGCAAAUAUGAGACUUUAAUUACAGAUUCGAACUACCUUUUAAAAAGCAUAGGAAUGGGGAACAUCAGUUUCCCUCACAAUUCAAAACCAUCAGGGACAUCCAAAGAUCUGAAAAAAUAUUUUCGUAAAUUGUCAUUGAAUAGGAUCAAAGAGUUGCUAGAUAUAUACAAAUUGGAUUUUAAACUGUUUUCUUACACAUUCCAAGAUCUGUUCGGUUAUGAAAUAGCAUAAAUAUACCAGUCAGAAAUAGCAAAAAAAAAAAAAAAUUAAAUAGAGAUUGUACCAAAA